AGGAGCUGUGCCAACAGCGCCCCGGCUGCGCGGAUACAAAUGCGUAGCCGGGUAGGGCUCUCUUACCCCCGCCGUAUAAGCAGGAAGGUCUGUUUUGCCUGGCCCGCAGCCCGAGCUGCGCGGCGCAGAGAUCGGGGCGGUCAGGCUUGUGCAAUCGACCUCCCCGGCCCCCUGCCAUCCGCGAGGGCGGCCAAGCGGCAGGAGCAAAGUCCGGGCUGGACUCGGCACUUCAGCGCCUGCAGACCUGUUGCCCGCGAAGCGCUCCGCAGCAGAGAGCGGCGCCUGCGGCAGGCAGGGGAUCCAGCUCGGCUUUUUCGAGCGGCUUCCACGUGGCCCUUCAGAGGGGCUAGAGGGAGCUGCUCCCCAGCCGCAGGGCACGGCACCACCAUGGACCUCCAGCGCAGGGCGAUACGGCUCCUCGCCUGCCACCGGCUCUGGGGCAAUGGCUGGCUGAGCGGGGCAGCCCCGCGCGGCGCCUGGAGCGCUCCGGCCGCCCGCCGCUUCCUCUGCUCCGGGCCGGCCGCCCCCCAGGGCGCGUACGAGCAAGCGUUCAGGGCUGCCGUGGCGGAGCCCGAGAAGUUGUGGGGAGAAGCCGCCGGGCGCAUCCAGUGGCACAAGCCCUGGGUGAAAAUCGUGGACAGGAGCAACCCGCUGGUCGCCUCCUGGUUUGUGGAUGGAGAGCUAAAUAUUUGUUAUAAUGCUGUAGAUCGUCAUGUUGAGAGUGGACAUGCAGACAAGAUUGCUAUUAUCUAUGAUAGUCCUGUGACAAACACUAAACAGACUAUCACUUACAAAGAAGUUCUUGAACAGGUCUCCAAGUUAGCUGAUGUUAUGGUGAAAUACGGUGUGAAGAAAGGAGAUUGUGUUGUCAUCUACAUGCCCAUGAUUCCACAGACAGUGUAUACCAUGCUGGCAUGUGCAAGAAUAGGAGCCAUACAUAGCCUCAUUUUUGGUGGAUUUGCAUCUAAAGAGCUUUCUAGUCGCAUUGAUCAUGCAAAGCCCAAACUUGUUGUAACUGCAACUUUUGGGAUAGAACCAGGAAGGAGAGUGGAAUACAUGCCGCUUCUAGAAAGAGCACUGGAGAUGGUACAGCACCAACCUCAGAAAGUUCUCAUAUACAGUCGACCUCACUUGGGAACUGUUCCUCUAGUCUCAGGUCGUGACCUUGAUUGGGCUGAAGAAAUGGCAAAAGCCAAGUCUCAUGAUUGUGUUGCUGUUCGUUCAGAUCAUCCACUUUACAUUCUUUAUACGUCAGGAACAACUGGCUUGCCCAAGGGUGUUGUUAGACCAACAGGUGGCUAUGCGGUUAUGUUGAACUGGACAAUGUCCGCUAUAUAUGGACUCAGACCUGGAGAGGUGUGGUGGGCAGCUUCUGACUUAGGCUGGGUAGUUGGCCAUUCCUACGUUUGUUAUGCACCUCUCCUGCAUGGGAAUACAACUGUUUUGUAUGAGGGGAAGCCUGUGGGAACGCCAGAUGCUGGUGCUUACUUCCGUGUGCUAGCAGAGCAUGGAGUGGCUGCCUUUUUUACUGCACCAACUGCAAUUAGAGCAAUCCGUCAGCAGGACCCUGAGGCAGAUUUGGGAAAGCAGUACUGUUUGACAAGGUUCCGAACAUUAUUUGUAGCUGGUGAACACUGUGAUGUGGAGACAUUAGAAUGGUCCAAAAAAGUCUUCAAGGUCCCAGUGUUGGAUCACUGGUGGCAAACUGAAACUGGGUCUGCAAUUACUGCUUCCUGCAUCGGUUUGGGAAACUCAACAACUCCUCCACCAGGACAGGCAGGAAAAUCAGUGCCAGGAUAUAAUGUGAUUGUUCUGGAUGACAACAAGCAACCAGUGAAGGCCAAGACUUUAGGAAAUAUUGUGGUAAAGUUGCCUUUGCCUCCUGGAGCCUUCUCGAGUCUCUGGAAAAAUCAGAAAAUGUUCAAGGAGUUAUAUUUCCAAAAAUUUCAAGGAUACUAUGAUACCAUGGAUGCUGGGUACAUGGACGAAGAUGGCUACUUAUAUGUCAUGUCUCGAGUUGAUGAUGUGAUCAAUGUUGCAGGUCACAGAAUUUCUGCAAGUGCAAUUGAGGAGUCUGUUCUUUCCCAUGGAGCUGUGGCUGAUUGUGCUGUUGUUGGCCAAGAGGAUGCCUUAAAAGGUCUUGUCCCAUUAGCGCUAUGCGUAUUAAAAAAUGGUAUAAAGAUAGAGGAGGAGAAAGUUUUGGAAGAAAUUGUUAAGUAUGUUCGAGAGAGCAUUGGCCCAGUGGCAGCUUUCCGAAAGGCAGUAUUUGUGAAACAGAUACCAAAGACACGUUCUGGCAAAAUACCACGGUCUGCUCUUUCUGCUCUUGUCAAUGGCAAACCGUAUCAGAUAACUCCAACCAUUGAGGAUCCUGAUGUGUUUAAACAUAUAGAAGAAGAACUGAAGAAAAAAAAAUAAUGUGACUUUUAUCCAUCAUACAGUGUCUUUUAACAGUAAACUUCCAAACGUCUGGAAUACAUGAAGAAAUUUUGUAUUUGGUAACUCACUAUACGGCAUUUUCUCCAGCUCUUGAAUCAAUUCCGUGUCUCUCUUCUGUAUGUCUCCGCAGUUUUUCAGCUUCUUUUUAAAAUGCGGACACCAGAACUUUAUGCGUUCUCAAUAUCAGUUUCACCAAUGCUGCAUGAAGAGAUAAAAUCACCUCCCUACUCCUACUCCCUGUUUAUAUAUACAAAGAUCGCAUUAGCACCUUUUGCCACAGCAUCGCACUAGGAGCUUAUGUUGAUUUGCUCUACUCUGAACCCUAAAUCCUUUCCAGGAUACAGACUCCCAUUCUGUAGGUAUGGCCCUUGUUCUACUCCUGGUAGAAUUCUGUGCCAAAAAAAUUAAAAUUCUACGCACAAUAUUUUAAAAUUCUGCAAAAUUCUGCAUAUUUUAUUUGUCAA